CCCCAGAUGUUAACCCCUUCCUGCCCAGUACCAUUAGUACAGUGUCAGUGCUUUUUAUUAGCACUGAUCACUGUAUUAGCAUCACUGGGGAUGUCAAUGGCAGUCAGUUCCCACCCAGUGUCAGAAUGCCCACUGCAGUCCCUCGCUAAGUCACCAAUCGCUGCCAUUACUAGUAUAAAAAAAAAAAUUCCAGUGUAUAUUCCAGCUAUAAGUCGUAUAACUUUAACAUAAACCAAUUUUACACAUAUUGGGAUUUU